AGGGGCGCGGGGCGGCGCGGGGCGGCGGCAUGGCGGAGAGCGAGGCCGAGACCCCCAGCACCCCGGGGGAGUUCGAGAGCAAGUACUUCGAGUUCCACGGCGUGCGGCUGCCGCCCUUCUGCCGCGGGAAGAUGGAGGAGAUCGCCAACUUCCCCGUGCGGCCGAGCGACGUGUGGAUUGUCACCUACCCCAAGUCCGGCACAAGCCUGCUGCAGGAGGUGGUCUACCUGGUGAGCCAGGGCGCCGACCCCGACGAGAUCGGCCUGAUGAACAUUGACGAGCAGCUCCCAGUGCUGGAGUAUCCACAGCCAGGCCUGGACAUUAUCAAGGAAUUGACAUCUCCCCGCCUCAUCAAGAGCCACCUUCCCUACCGCUUCCUGCCCUCCGACCUCCACAACGGCGACUCCAAGGUCAUCUACAUGGCUCGCAACCCCAAGGACCUGGUGGUGUCCUACUAUCAGUUCCACCGCUCCCUGCGGACCAUGAGCUACCGAGGCACUUUCCAGGAAUUCUGCCGGCGGUUUAUGAACGACAAGCUGGGCUACGGAUCCUGGUUUGAGCACGUUCAGGAGUUCUGGGAGCAUCGCACAGAUGCCAAUGUGCUCUUCCUCAAGUACGAGGAUAUGCACCGGGACCUGGUGACCAUGGUGGAGCAGCUGGCCCGAUUCCUGGGCGUGUCCUGUGACAAGGCGCAGCUGGAGUGCCUGACAGAGCACUGCCACCAGCUGGUGGAUCAGUGCUGCAAUGCUGAGGCCCUGCCCGUGGGCCGGGGAAGAGUUGGGCUGUGGAAGGACAUCUUCACUGUCUCCAUGAACGAGAAGUUUGACUUGGUGUACAAACAGAAGAUGGGGAAGUGUGACCUCACGUUUGACUUUUAUUUAUAAUGAUGGAAAUGGCGAACUUGCAUGCGGUCCCCAGACGCUCCUAGCUAACGUCUUGUAUGCAUUCAUUUAUCCCUUGCUGGAUACCCGGGAGCAGUGUGUAAGCCACGGGGGGAAGAACCCAUGGAG